UCUCACUCAGGCAUUCUCGCAAACACUUUUCUCAAGAAACGUUUCGCUUUCACUAACAUGGCCAGACCUCAACAGCGUUACAGAGGUGUUAGACAAAGGCAUUGGGGCUCUUGGGUAUCUGAAAUUCGUCACCCACUGUUGAAGACUAGAAUUUGGCUAGGCACUUUCGAAACGGCUGAAGACGCUGCAAGAGCGUAUGAUGAAGCAGCAAGGCUGAUGUGUGGACCAAGGGCUAGAACCAACUUCCAAUACAACCCAAAUGCGCCUCAAUCUUCAUCAUCUAAACUUCUCUCAGCAACUUUGACUGCUAAACUUCAUAGGUGCUACAUGGCCUCUCUUCAAAUGACCAAAUCAUCACCAAAUGAGCCUCAAAAAGCACCAGUUUCACACGUUAUCAAAACUAAUGACAUUGCUGGGAGAGGCAGUGAAGUGGGGUCACGGUUGCUAGAGAAGAGCCCAUUAUCAGUGCAAGAGAGUAGUGAGUCAAGUGAGCCAAACUGGUUUGUGAAGAAAGUUCAAGUUGAAAGUAGCCAGCAGUUCAAGCCUCUCGAAGAUGAUCACAUUGAGCAAAUGAUUCAGGAACUUCUUGACUAUGGAUCUGUAGAGUUAUGUUCUGUUGUGCCACCUCAGUCUCUCUAAUGUAGACCAUUAAAAGCUCAGUUACCCACUUAUGGUUCCAUUUCUGCUAAUUAAUGUCAACUCAUUUGCUAAUUUGACCCUUUUUUUCUUAGCCUUUUUAGAGUCGUAAUGGGCUGCUACCAGUUAGACCAUCUCCGGUUGCUAGAAUUGUCUCCUAAGUGACCUCUUGAAGAUGCUUAUGUACAGUACAUUUAUGUUAUAAUAU